GAAGCCCACACGCCCGCCGCCUCCGUGCAGCAGCCAGGCCCCGGGGCUGCCGUGCUCUGAGGCCGCGCUCGUGCCAUGGCCGCCCGGGGAGGACCGGGCCCGGGCUCCCGGUACCGCGCGCUGCUCGGGCUUCUGUUGCUCUGCCUCUGGCUGCCGAGCGGCCGGCCCGGAGAGCCCGCCGCUCCGUCGUCGGGGGUCGAUCGGCUGCUCCAGGACUUUCGCCGGCAGCUGCAGCGGGCACGGCCGCGCGAGGAGCUAGAACCGGAGCUGGUCGGCGGCCCGCGGGAGGAUUGCCCGGGCGCGGGCGGUACGGCGGUCUACCGGGCCGUGCCCGAUACCAUCAUCCGCACCCAGGACUCCAUCGCGGCCGGAGCCAGCUUCCUGCGCGCACCGGGGACCGUGCGGGGCUGGCGGCAGUGCGUGGCGGCCUGCUGCUCCGAGCCGCGCUGCACCGUGGCGGUGGUGCAGCUGCCCCGGGGGCCCAGCGCGCCCGCUCCCAUGCCCGCGCCCCGCUGCUACUUGUUCAACUGCACGGCGCGGGGCCGCAGCGUCUGCAAGUUCGCGCCGCUCCGGGGCUACCGUACUUACACUCUCAGCCGCGCCGGGGACGCCGCCGGAGCCUCUCCCGGGCCGGGUGAGGAUGAGCCUCCACUUAGCAAGGCCGGGAAGGAUGUGGUUUUGCAUCUGCCCACAGACGGGGUGGUUCUGGAUGGCCGAGAAAGCACAGAUGACCACGCCAUAGUCCAUUAUGAGUGGACGUUGAAGCAGGGUGACCCAUCAGUGGACAUGAAGGUGCCUCAGCCAGGAACCCUGGAGCUGUCCCACUUGAAGGAAGGAGCAUACAUCUUCCAGCUGACUGUGACAGACACCGUGGGCCAGAGAAGCUCCGACAACGUGUCUGUGAGCGUACUUCCCAGGAUCCACUCCACGGGAGGAUGCUCCAGCGUGUGCUCGCGAUACCGUUUCUUCUGUGAGAAUGGUUGCUGCAUCGACAUCACCUUGGCUUGUGACGGAGUGAGUCAGUGUCCAGAUGGAUCUGAUGAAGACUUCUGUCAAAGCUUGGGCCUUGACCGCAAGAUGGUGACGUACACAGCGGCUACUUCUGCCCAGCCAGGAACCACAGGACUGAGUGAAGGAGACCCCUGGUUUGAAAAGUCCCAGAAAGCCACUCCCCGCAACCAACCAGCUACUGUAUCCCACACAGAGAAGAGGAUUCACUCCACCCAGAGGGCGCCAGAGAGUCAAAUCAGUCCUAUCAUGCCAGACAGUAAUUCCUCAGGAAAGAACCAAGAAGAGGGAAGUUACAUUUUCAAGUCCAAGAGUGAUCACACACGAGGGGACCACCCAGCCCCAGAAGCAGGUGCAGUGUUACCCCUGGCAUUGGGUCUGGCCAUCACUGCUUUGUUGCUUCUCAUGGUGACCUGCCGACUCCGACUGGUGAAGCAGAAACUGAAGAAGGCCCGUCCCAUUACGUCUGAGGAAUCCGACUACCUCAUCAAUGGGAUGUAUCUGUAAUGAAGAUAUUUAAACAGCUGUGGGCUUCAUUUACAAUUUGCCCCCUGGAUUCUAUCCUUAAGACCUGUUGCUUUAAAUUGUGCUAGAAGACAGUGCGGUUAUAAACCUUGUUUUAUCAUGAAAUCAUUUUUCCUGGGAAGUAAAUGUCUUGAAAGGUAGAGAGGAAUUCAUGAGAUUGAAGUGUAUAGUAUGCUGAGACAGAAAGUCGGUAUGCCAUGAGGUGACAGAUGGCAAUGCUGACCUAUCAUUUGAGAGGUGCCAAGUGCUGGCCCACCACAGCUUCCCCUUGUCUUCUAGCCCUCUUCUCCACUGAGUUCUCAUGAGCUCCAUUUUCUUUUUCUCUGCCAAAUAGCUUUGAAAAGGGAUCCUAAGUAAAUUACACUCAGUGAGAUGAUACUGAUAGCAAGUCUGUAUUUUAUAAGCAUUCUGAAUAGGUCAGCAAAGUCCUACAGGAGAGGAAUAUGGGUUCUCCACUUCACAACACCCCAUGCUUCUGACAUCAGGCCAUGGUGGUAGCUGCCAUGUUUGCCUGACCUUGGAAGAACACCUUUUGGUUAGGAGCAACCCUAGGUGGGUAUGAAUGAGAUCAUAGUGUCAGCAGAGGACCUGGAAGGCAAAUAGAGGCAUAGCCACGGGGUAAGUGAGGACAUUAAUUAAUGUGUCAUCUGCUCAAUGCUGCUUCACAGUGUGGAGCAGUGACUGGUUUAUAUAUGCACUGGAUCUCAACAUGAGCCUUUCUGAUGAAAAAGUGUGAAUUAUCAAUCAAAACAUUGAUAUCUGGGUACGGUGUUUAAGUAUCACAGGCCAUCAAUGGAAUGAGCCAGAUACUUCCCCUUGUGAUGUUUUACAGGGCUGGAGGUGGAAUCCAGGAGCCUGUUUGUGCUAGGCAAGUGCUCUACCACUGAGCUACACCCCUGCCUUCACCCUCUU